CAAGCGCGGCUACCUGGCUACCUAGCUUCCUAGCUAGUGUCUCGAGCCACUUAACCGGAGUAAGGGUGUUUGCAUAUGCCUUUUAGUCUGUUUCAACCGUGACAGAUAUUUGACCUGCACCACUGUUUCUGGGAUUAAUUGAGGUUGUGUGGGAUUUCACAUAUCUGUUUAGACUUAAGAGUUAUUCAAUGUAAGAUGAACGCUGAGGACAAGUUGGAGGGCAUGCUGCUGAAGUGCAGCAGUGAAGGAAUAGAUGGAGGAGGGAGAAUUAGCCUGAGCAGCGGAGGACUGGUGGUGAUGACCCUCGGGGAACGUUCACUAGCAAACCACCCCCUGUUGGCUGAGGAUGAUGAUGAAGAUGAUGAUGAUGAGGACUUAACUGGAAGCUCACUGGUUACGCAUGACCUGGUCCCCCCAGAGCAGCUGAUGAUGCAGGAGGAGCUGACAAAGAAUGGUGGAGGAGGAGAAGAGGAGGGAGGAGGCGAGGUGGGAAUACAUUUCCCCCUAAAACUCACCAAUAAGUUGCCCUGCUUGCUUCAUAUGCCAUUGAACAUCAAGCAGGAGCUGAAGCUGUCUGACUCAGCAGUCCAUAUAAAGAAGGACAAAAAAUCACUUAAGGACCUGGUGGUGUGUCCCAAGAAGAAAAAAAGGAAGCAGCGCUCACCAGCAAAGAUUCUCAGCAUGAAUGAAGAUGGAUCGUUGGAAACAUCAAACCCCAAAUGUCACGUUUGCGUUCAUUGUAAUGCUGCAUUCAGAACAAACUACCAUCUACAGAGGCACGUCUUCAUUCACACUGGUGAGAAGCCCUUUCAGUGCAGCCAGUGUGACAUGCGCUUCAUUCAGAAAUAUCUUCUCCAGAGACAUGAAAAGAUCCAUACUGGUGAGAAGCCUUUUCGCUGUGAUGAAUGUGGCAUGAGGUUUAUCCAGAAGUAUCACAUGGAGAGACACAAGAGGACGCACAGCGGGGAGAAGCCCUAUCAAUGUGACUACUGCCACCAGUACUUCUCCAGAACAGACCGGGUGUUGAAGCACAGACGAAUGUGUCAUGAAAACAGAGAGAGAAAGACCAACAAGGCUGCUGGUAAAGUUGGACCUUCACGUGAAGCAGAGUCUAUGGGGUCUCCUUUUCUUCCUAAAGAGUGUUCUCUACCCAAGAAAAAGCGCCAAAAAUGUGCAGACAAGAGUUCAAGCUCCUUCGCUACUGCCCAGACAGAAGGCCACACUUAUGCUGUUGAAGAAACUGAGGAAAAGGAAGAGCAGAGUCAAGAUAAGGUUGAAAGUCCGUCAUUAUAUGCUGUGUCCUCCAAGGUCAAACAUGAGUAUGUGAUUGCUGACUACUCUGUGGGACUUCCUGAAGAAACAGCCAGCCAACAGGAAGACGGAGAAGUGUCAUCAGAAGAGACGACACCACCUAAAAUCGUCCUGAAGAAAGUCCCCAAGAGGAGUUUAAAACAGACCAGUAACCAAGCCCCUCCUUGCUUGCCUACCUUAUCAACCUAUGAGGAAAACGACAAGGUGGCACAGUACACCUUUGAAAUCGUGGACAAGCAAGGCCUUUUAGAUGUAGAUGGCAGCACUGAACUUGAAUCAGUCGACACUCUUCAAGGAGGACCAACAAAACCAGCAGCCAACAGCACAAACUAUGACGAUGCCAUGCAAUUUCUCAAGAAGAAACGCUACCUUCAAGCUGCAGUGGCCAACAGUGGCCGAGAUUAUGGCCUAAACACAAGCAGCAUCUCUUCUCAGCCACCUGUUACACAAAGUGUGGUGUCAGCCGUCAUUGAUGAAACUGUCCCCGCUACCAUUCUGGAGCCCCAGCCAAUAAACGCGGAGAUAAAGGCUCCUCAUGAGAAGAAUGUUUUGCCCGACGAGGUUCUUCAGACACUGUUGGACCACUACUCUAACAAAUCCAACGGGCAGUCAGACAUUUCUUUUAGCGUGGCUGACACAGAGGUGACCUCAAGCAUCUCGAUUAAUUCCUCCGAUGUUUCAGACAGCAGCCCCGUGGAGAGCCUCGGAGUUUCUAGUGGCCAGGCUCAGCCACCUGCUGAGAAAGUCAGUCUCUUGCAAGAAUACUCAAAAUUUCUCCAGCAGGCACUGGAGAGGACCAGUCAGAACGACAGCUACCUGACCAGCCAGAGCCUCAGCUUGGUCUCAGAAAACCCCACGUUAGCUGGGCAGCCUCUGUUCUCCACAGAGAAGCAGUUUCCCUCCCCAAGCAGGUUCAAAUCAGGGAUGAGCUCUCCACUAAGAUCCACUUUAGAGAAACCUCACUUCGGAUUACUGGUUGGAGACUCCCAACACUCAUUUUCAUUUUCAGGUGACGAGACCUCCCCUCCCUCUGCAGUGUCCCCAGCUGAGGAGGACUUUCUGGGACAGGUCUCGCCCUCCAAAAAGACAGACUCUUCAAACGGGAUACUGCAGACUUUUCAGAUAAGCUCCUUCGAUCACAACUUCAAAUCACAUUUCCAGACAUCGAGGUCUGGAUCCUCCUCGCAGUUCACUGUUGCCAAUGGACAAGUAAGCAUUCGAGGACACAGCACAGACUUCUCAGAGUUCCCUUUAGUUCGAGUCACAGAAACCAGAUCUCAACUGAACUCCUCCCCUGAUGUUUCAACCAGAGAAUCAUUUGGCUGAAGGAAAAGGUGGAGGGGAGAAUUCAUUUGUUGGUAAUUUCAGCAGCACUUUAUCUCAUCUCUCCUGUUUUGCCAAAACAAGUCCCAUUGCGAAAUAUGUGCUCCUUCUUAAAGCUGUUAGAAAAAAGAAAAAAAAAGAAAGUGUUUUUCUUAACUUUAACCUUUCAUUCAAAAUUACUGAUUAUGACCAAUAAACCCAUACUAUAAUUAGCAGUUCCCCUGUUGGAAAACAAGCAUUUCUUCUUCUUCUGGAAUGUACUCUAAGAGAUUACGUGACCAAAGUGUACUAAUGCAAGAGAUUCAUUAAUAUUCUCACACGUUGCUGCCAUAGAGUUUUUGUUUCAUGCUGGUGCAGUUUGCCUUGCUCAAAAAAAAGAUCCAGUCACUCUUGCUGCUUAAUGCAAUAUUUCCACUUGUAUUUAUGUAUGCUGUUUUGUUCUUACUGUAGCUACCUCCCCUUGCUGUUUAUCUAAUGAAACAACUGAAUUUGUUUUCAUUCAUUUCAGCUCUUAAAUAACAUCACAAAAGCACAAUCAUUCUUCACUUUAUGUUAAAGUCACUUUAUUCUAAUGGAUAUUUCCACAGGGUGCAUGUUGAGUGGUACAGGACUGAUUGUAUGCAUCUUGUAAUGAAUCUAGUUUAAUUUUUCAUUUGAAACCUAGGUCUAAUUUUUGUUGGUGUCAGGACACAAAAUUAGAAAUUCUACUUCACAUACAUAAAUUGUUUAACAUCCAUAUGAAGUUUGCACAGGU